GGCUGUCGGACCCGAGCGACUCGGCACCAACAACCAGCGCCGGCUGCUGCUCCUGCGCGCCCCCCGCCCACCACCCUCCACCCCCAGGACGGACCUCCCUCCCGAGUGCAGAGCCGGCGCAGGAGACAGAAGUCCCGCGGUGCGCGCACAGCGACAUGGCCUCCGACGGCUUGGACGAGCGAUCGCCGCUGCUCUCCGGCCCCAACUCCGAGAGCGUCACCCCGGCUGCUCCCCCGUACCUGCAGGAGUCAAGUCCCCGAGCCGAACUACCUCCUCCCUACACAGCCAUCGCCAGCCCCGAUGCCGGCGGCGUACCCGUCAUCAACUGCCGCGUAUGUCAGUCGCUCAUAAAUCUGGAUGGAAAGCUGCAUCAGCACGUGGUGAAGUGCACAGUGUGCAAUGAAGCUACACCCAUCAAAACCCCCCCAACAGGGAAGAAAUAUGUGAGGUGUCCCUGUAACUGCCUGCUCAUCUGUAAAGACACGUCGAGGAGGAUAGGAUGUCCUCGACCAAACUGCAGACGGAUAAUCAACCUGAGCCCAGUGAUGGUUAUCCCAGAGGAGCAACCCGCUCAGCCGGCACUGCCCAUCCAACCUGAGGGGAUGAGAGUGGUCUGCGGUCACUGCGGCAACACCUUCCUUGGCAGCGAGGACGCCAAAACAUCCCAGCCAAUGUCAGGCCUCCCCAGCGAUGGCUCUCCCCCAGCACGACAAGAGUGGAUGGAGCUUCGGUUUAACACGCUAGCCAAGUGUCCCCACUGCAAAAAAAUAUCCUCUGUCGGCAGUGCGCUCCCUAGGAGGCGUUGUUGUGCUUAUAUAACUAUAGGAAUGAUUUGCAUUUUCAUCGGAGUGGGUUUAACGGUUGGGACUCGGGACUUUGCCAAUCGUUACAAUGCCACCUACGUGUCCUGGGCGUUCGCCUACCUGCUGGGUCUCAUCUGUCUGAUACGAGCCUGCUACUGGGGCGCUAUUAAAGUCAGCUACCCGGAGAAUAGCUUUGCCUAGAACGGACUUGGCGUGGCUGGAUCAACAAAGCCCAGUUUUACUUUUUACUCAUCCGGGUUCCACACUGGUCGUGUUCGGCUGAGGGGAAUGCCUGCAGGGCGUCUGGACAGGGGUGUGUUGAAGAGGAGUCGUGUGUGUUUGAAGAGAAUGUAUGUUGGAGAUGUAUCUAAAAUAAUGCAGUUUUGUUUUUGGAAUGUUUUAGAGUUAUGACUCGCUGAACAAGCCUAAUGUAUGUUGACCCCUCCUCCCACUGGCCGCAGGGACUCAAAUCCUGCCCAGGUUUUUGCCGAAAUCCUUCAAAAUCCAGAAUGAACUUUUUAAAAAAUGGGAUUUUUCUCUAAAAAUGGGAAAUAAUUUGUUAAAAAAUAUAUUCUCAAUUAAACUGUUUGGAUUUGGUCUUUUCUGGAACUUUUUUGUUUUGUUGUUCAGCACCUGAUUUCUUUUACUGACCAGACCAACAUGUGACAACCCCCUAAGAACAGUUUGCCCUUUGCACUGCGAUUAUAUGCAAUUGUAUCUGUUGUUUUGCUGCUAGUUCAACUCCCGCUAUAGAAAGAUGCAUACCCAUACUGUCUUGUAACCAUUUAUCUUGCCUGUGUACACUAACAUAGUAUUGCUAUAUGAUUUUAACUCUACACUUCUUUUUAAUUCUUUAAUACCCAUUUGUGCCAACUUUGCUGCCCAGAAUUGGUCAAGAAGAGCAAACGAUCAACAGGAGCUUGUCUUUUUUUUAAAAAUGAUCACAGUUUUUGUUUUUGGUGCCAUGCUGAUUUUAACUCACUAGAGCAAUAACCCUUUCAUUUUGUGAGAGUUAUUUUUAACUGUAGUUACCUUUUUGUGGUUUUAUAGCACUUCUGUUGCCUUCUCAAUGUUGGAAUAUGAUCUCCGUACUCGGUGACUCAUGUUUGCAUGUUGAUUUGCGUAUGCUCCGUCCCUGAGGGUGCUUUUGUCCGUUUUCAAAGAGGUAGCUGAAGCUUAUGAUGCUCUUGUCUUUGCUCCGUCUGCCUGUGAGUUAGAAUGUAAACCCUCCUCCUCCUCCUCCUCCUCCUCCCUCUGCUUAUUAUCGGCACUCUGUGCUAGCUGGCAUUGCUGUAGGCUGACUUGGCUUCCUGUCUCUUCACCUUGACCAGCUCAAACUUCUAACCUUGUUUUGAAUGUGAAUUAUGAUGAUGAGGAUGGUGAUGAUGAUGAAUAAGCAGAACAUAAUGUUAAAAAACAAACUCUUUGUGCAUAGUUCAAAUUCUGUUCUUGGAAAACUGUAGUGUGGGGGGAAAGCAGAAGAUGGCUCGUAGGUUUUUUUCAAAAUGAUUAUUUAUCAAUAAAAUGCAAAAAAACUGCCUG